AGCAUAUUCCUUGUGUGUAAUUCUAAGGCUCUGUUUGGUGUCUCCGUAUUUAUUUACUAAAGAUCCCUUAACAAGUUAUCCUCCUCCUCCGUCAAACAGACACCAGAACAAGAAGACCAAGAGAGACCCAAAACCACCGCACCGGACAAAGACGAGAUCGAUCUCUGUUCAAUUUUCUCGAGAAUCAAUCAUGGCGACUCCUGAGGUUUUGCAGAGCGAACACGAUCUGCUUCUAUCUUAUCCUCUAUUUGACCAUCCCAAAGCAGAGAAUGCCAAAUCCCGAGGACUGGCAAUCGAGAAAAAGAUUGAGUUUCUUGAGAGCUUGGCUGGAAAAGUUAGUAAUCGAAGAUCGCGCCGAUGGUUAAAUGAUCGCCUAUUGAUGGAACUUGUUCCUCGUUUGAAUGCAGAAGAGAUUAGAGGCUUAUUUGCUCCACCACCUUGGGGUGAUGAUGUUCCACUGUCGCCAUUUUGCAAGACAAAUAUGGGAGAGUGGGACAAAUUUAGGCAUAUAGACAUGGACAAAGAGGCAACCAUCAUUAAAGCCCUCAAAAACUCUUCAUCAAAAAAGAAAGGUCGUGUGGAUGCUGAUAAGAUGGCUGUAUUGAAUGCAUGGCAUAGAGUAGAUUGUCGAACUAGAGAGGCACUUCGCCGUAGCUUUCUUUCAGACCUUGUUAAUGGAUAUGAGGAAUGCAUACGAGCCUUCAUCAAGGAGAGUGGAGAUAUGGAGGUGCUGGAGCUGCAUGUUCAAGACCCUUUUCAUAGGCUGUUGCUACAUGGCGUCUCCGAGUUCUAUGACCUUGUCUCAGUAACAGUUCCACAGUCGAAGGGCAUGGAGUUAAUGAAGAUGACGAGGAUAAAGAAGAAGAAAGCAGGUUCUGUUGAGCUCCCAAACAUUACCCUCUGCCAAUUCCUGAGAAUGGCAAAGGAAGGGAUUUGGUAAUUAUUAACCGCCUGGAAUCCAAGCCAUGUAAUAUUAACCAAUCUAAAGCUGUUCAUUAUCUUUAUUUAAUGUUUGGGAUGUAAAAAAAAGAAGGAAGUUCUUUAGUUGUACCUGUAACAAUAUCUCAUUGACCCCUUCCCUGUUUGAUAGAAGUUUGAAUGUUGUAAUCUUUGCUCGUCUCUUUUUAGAUAAUGUAAUUGAUGCUUAGAUUUAAAGUUUUAUAAUUCUGCAGAAUAAA